CGUGGCGGCAAUAUGGCUGCGCCCACGGGGAAGGGAGACGGGUUCCGACGCCGGGAGCCAGGUCCCUAUCGCUCGCGCAUGGACCGCAGCGCAGAGUUCCGCCGAUGGAAGGCGCAGAGUCUGAGCAAGGCGGACCUCAGCCGGAAGGGCAGUGUGGACGAGGACGCGGCCGAGGUUGUGGAGCUGCUGAAUGCGCGGGAAGAGUUUUUCACCACCAGCUCCUGCGCAGGCCGCAUCCUCCUCCUGGACGGGAGCACAGAUGGUUCUGGGGUUCAGAAACAGCACUGCUGCUGGAUGCUGGUCACCCACAAACCUUGUGGGAAAGACGAUGUGAUGGCAGCACUGAAGGGUGCGACCAGCAAUGCUGUUUUGAAGUUUGAACCGUUUAUCCUCCAUGUGCAGUGCCGGACACUGCAGGAUGCACAGACCCUGCACUCAGUGGCCAUUGAUUCUGGCUUCAGGAACUCUGGCAUCACAGUGGGAAAGCGGGGAAAGACCAUGCUGGCUGUGCGGAGCACACAUGGAUUAGAAGUUCCACUAAGCCGUCAGGGAAAACUGAUGGUGACAGAGGAAUACAUUGAGUUCCUGGUGACUAUAGCAAAUCAGAAAAUGGAGGAAAACAAGAAAAGAAUUGGAAGGAAUUUACCAUUUUUACCAAUGGCAUCCACAUCCACAUCAUUAGUAUAACCAUCACUACCAUCCACCUCCAGAACUGUCAUCAUCCUGAACAGAAACUGUACCCGCGGAGCACCGGCCUCACUCUAUCCUGCAGCUCCUCUGACAGUUUUCUGUGUGGGAGCUUGGCCCCUCCGGCCGCUUGGUUAUGCAGUCUGUCCUUUUGUGUCUACUGUCUUAGUGCACUCCUGGACUGUGGUAGUGGUUUUGUUUGUUGCAGUACUGAGUAUUGAACCUAGGGCCUUGUGCAUGCUUUACAAGAGGCUUACCACUGAGCUACAUCUCCCCGACUAGCUAAACCUUAAGGGCUCUACUAUACUGUAGCAUGUAUCAGCCACUUUUCUUUUCCAAACUGAUGACACUCCAUUGUAUCUGUGGACCAUGUUUUGUUUCCUGCUGUUGCAGAGAUUUGUUUGUGUUUUCACUCUGGAGACCGCCCAUGGAGUGAACCAUAGAGUUUUCUGGCCAACUCAGAGGAGAUCGAAGGCUGCGGAGAAUAAGGAGGGACUAAAAAUAUGCUAAAAAGAUUCCUUUUUUGAUAGGAAAGGUGGAGAAGAGGGUGAAGUGAUCUUUGCUCCAUCCCUCCGUGGAUCAAUCAGGUUUACUCCCUAAUAUUUGACUCUCAAGCUUUAUUGAAUAAUAAAACAUUAAAAGAAGCUACAAUACCGUGUUCAUCUGUUGACAGACGAUCGUUUACCAAACACACACUCAUCUCGCCACUUCCAGUUCUCUUGGGUAUAUACUCAGAACUAGAGUAGCUUGGUAAAUCUGUAUGUGACUUCCUGAAGAGCCACACCCCGCCACCCACAACAGCUGCCCCAACUUGCAUCGUCGCCAACAGCAGCAGGGCAGUGUGAGGAGGCACCUCUGGGGACUCUCACUUGUGUUCUCUGGUGUUGGUGGUGGUGAGCACAUGCUCUCUAUUGACUGCAUAUCUGUCGUAUUUACAUGUGUCUGUUCCAGUCCUGGAUUGUGGUUCUGCCCUGAGAUGCAGGGUUUCCUCUGUAUGCUGGGUAGUCAGCGGAUGUGUGAUUGGCAGAUGCUUCCGAAUUCUGUGGACUUCCUGUUCACUGUCAGCAGUGCCUUUCCAUAGAAGUUUUAGACUCUUACGAAUCUGUUUGUCUGACUUUCUUUCGUUGCCUGUUUUUGGUAUUAAGCCCAAGGAAGCAUCACUGCCAAAUUCAGUCUGGUGAUAUUUCCCUGUUUUUUUGUUUGUUUGAGUUCUUGUAUUUAGGUCUUUGUGAGUAUUUACUUUAACUGGCCAGUGAUUUCACCACUGGCUAGUGACUGAGUAAGAAAGGGUUGGUGAAACCUUUUUCUGGCUGCCUUUUUGUCUGCUGCAGCUCCCAGCUAAUUCCACAUCAGAUGAGAACUCCACAGCUAACCCAUCCCAGUGUUGACCUCAGUCUCCAGGUUAGACAGUGUGUGGUUCUUGUCAGCAGGACACUGUAGCAGGAAUUU